GUCGACCUCGAACAGCCUCGACGUUCACAGAGCUGGUCACGGUCUGCGUCUCUGCAGCGCAUCAAGGAGCAGACCUACGAGACGCUGGUGUCGGGAUGCGCUUACGGACUACGUUGCCCUCGCAGCGGCUUGCUGCUGCCCAAGGUCGGGAAGAUCUGCUCAACGGAUGCCGAGCUACAGAAGGCGAUCGGCAAGAGGUGCAGCAACCGUCCAAGUCGACAUGGCAACCACGAGCACGGCGAGAUCAUCGGCGGCAAGGUCGCGGCCUCGACGGCGUUCUAUCCAGCUGCUCUGCGCAAGGCCUGGGCGAAGCACAUCCUUCGCGCAGGAGGCGGAGCUGCAGCUGGCUCUCAGGCACUCCUCACCUGCGACAGCGUGGCGAACGAGCAGAUCUACGCGGACAUUGCAGGGGGCGACGACGUCGAGCCUGAUGACCAGGCCGAGUCCGACGAGCAGAUCUACACGGACAUCGCGGGGGACGACGACGUCGAGCCUGAUGGCCAGGCCGAGUCCGACGACGAGCUCGGCGGGGACAACGGCCAGGAGCUGGCUAAGGACGGAGGCCGCCUGAGCACCAAGGAGGAGCAGGAGAUCGAACACGGCCUCGGCUGGCUUCAUCGCAAUCUCGGCCAUCUCAGCGCUCGGACGAUGGUGAAGAUCCUGAAGAACUCGGUUGCCAGCCUCCAGGUGCUGAAGAUGGCGAAGAACUUCAAGUGCCACGCCUGCAACUCCUCCGUGCUGCCGAAGGCCGUUCGGACAGUCGCAGGCAUCGAGAUCCCCGAGGUCUUCGAAGUAAUGGGCAGUGACGGCUUGAAGUGGACCGACCCCAAAGACGACGCGAUCUACCUGUUGACUCUCAACCUUGACGAGGGAUCAGGUCUCGCGCUGGUGACCGACCACGGCGACAAGUCCCAGCGGUCCGGCAACAGGUCCGCCGCCGACGUCUUCGAGACCUGGCGCUCCUGGGCCGACCACUACCGAGCCCCGCGGCUCAUCCGAUGUGACGCUGAAGGAUGUCACCGUGCCGACUUGACCAAGGGUUGGUGCAGCUCUCGUGGAAUCGAGAUGUCCAUUGCUCCUGGCGAGGCCCACUGGCUCAUGGGCAAGGUCGAGCGGCGCACCCAGCUCUUCAAGAGGGCGCUCACCAAGUUCCGGAAGCAGAACUACGACUGCGACAUCGGCGAAGCCAUCAGCCAGGUCAUCCACGCCAUCAGCGACCUCGACAGGGUGGGGAGCCAUUCUCCCUACGCCCACGCCUUCGGCAUCGGCGGCGCCCAUGCCGAGCGCAUGGUCGUCGAGCUGACCAACGUGGAGAAAAGUGGCGCUUCCAUGUCGGACCUGAUGGAGGCGGCUCGGCGCGGGGCCUUCGAGGGCCUCACCGACGAGAGCCGCCCAGCCAUCCAGCACUUCGAGCCCCAGACGGUCAUGCCUCCCGAGACGCAGGCAGACGCGACCGCAGCCGAGCCGAUGGAGGAUGAGGCACCUGGAUUAGAAGCUGACGCCCCAGGGCCCUACUCCGACACGAAGGGCCGGGACUGUUGGGACCAGGCGAACAGCGAGGACGAUCUCUUCGUAGAUGUGAACACGCUCAGGGAGUCGGGGCUCGCCGCCUUCGAGUUCCUUGACGAGAACAUGACGGUCUACUUCGAGAUGCUGAAGUCCGAGCUCGCGGACAGCCAAGGGGGCCGCCGCCUCGCUUCCCAGAUGUUGGACUGCUUCGUCGCCAACCAGAAGCGCAAGGACAAGAUCGAGUUCCACCGGGGUAAGUUAUCACCCUCGGAGAAGGUCGAGUUCCAGGCUGCCAUGACGAAGGAGGUAAUUUACUGGAAGCAGUACAAGGGACUACGGCCGGUGCCCGCCUCGGAGGUGAAGAACCCUGCGGAUGCGAUCAGGAACAUCCUGCUCACCAUCGCGGCCGCGAACCACUGGAACAUCGUCGAGGGCGACCUGGCCAGCGCCUUCCCCCAGGCCUACGACCUCAAGAAGGACCUGUUCGUUGAGGCCGACGAGGCCCUUUCCUCCGCCUUCGGCGUUCAGCCUGGUGAAGUACUUCGGGUACUGAAGCCAGGCUACGGCAUCGGAGAGGCCCCAAGGAAGUGGCGGCUCACGGCCAAGUCGGACUUCGCCAAGCUGAAACUGCAGGCCUGCGACCUCGAACCGCCCCUCUGGUGUCUGCGAUGUCCUUCGACGAAGGAGCUCAUCGGGUUGGUCGCGCGCCACGUGGGCGACUUCGUUCUCUGCGGCGAUCGAGGACAUUCAUCCUGGAAGUCUGCCAUUAAGGGCAUCAGGGAGCUCUACGCGCGGGGCACCUGGGAGGACAUGGAGGACGGAACCAGCUCCAUCGAGCAGCGCGGCGCCAUGAUCAAGUUUAACGAGAAGGGGAUAUUCCAGCACCAGCGGGCCCACACCGACAAGCUCAAGAAGAUAACACCGAAGUACCCCAAGGCGCGCUCCAACGACAAGCUGACCGGGGCCGACCAGAGUACUCUUCGGACGUGGUGUGGUGCACUGUCAUGGCUUGGCGUAAAUACUCCACCCUGGGCGUCAGCCUGGGUCGCGGACGCGCAGAGCAAGAGUCCCGCCGGCGACUACAAGCUCUUCAACAUCGCAAACAGCAUUGCCAAUGUGGUCAUGGCCAACCGGAACGACGGGAUUCAAAUCAUUCGUCGCGCCUUACCUGGCUGCCAGAACGGGCCUCCUGAUUCCCGCGCGUGCACCUGGUGCGACGCUGCCUGGGCGAGCCGGCCGGGCGGUCAUUCUCGUGGCGGACGCGCGACAGCUCCGAGCUCUGCCGAGACACCGUUCCGCGACGUGGCCAACUUCACUGUUCUGGACUGGGAGUCGCGCAAGCUGAAGAGGGUCGCCCGUUCUAGCCUGGCUGCCGAGAUCCAGGACGUGCUGGCUACCCUCGCGACGGACUGCAAGGCCUUCUACGACGGCGUCGCGAAGUCAGAGCCGGCCGGGCUCGGACUGGACGAGAGGAGAACGGCUAUCGAAGCCCUGGUUCUUCGACGUGCUCUCGAGGAAGGUGGUACUUCAGUUCGCCGGGUGCGCAGCCAUGCCCAGCGAGCCGAUGGCAUGGCCAAGGCCAGCCUGCAAGCGUUCAACGUGCCCCACGCUUUCUUGAUGCACCAGCGUUGGAAUAGUGUUCAUGGUGAGCGCUUCCUCUCGGCUCGGAAGAGGUCGGCGCUCGGGAAAGGGAUCUUCGACGAGACGAAUGAGCUGGGCCACUCCCAGGCCAAGGAGAUCCUGGAGAGCAGGAAGCGGGGCCGCUCCUCAACCAAGCAGACGGCAUCUGGAGGCGCCGAUGCGGACAUGCUGGAGCUGAUCUCUUCUCCCCCGGUUUGA